UAGAAAUCUAACAGUGAGAUUUGUAUGGGAUAGAAAUGCCCUCUCCAAAAACUGUGUAACGAUUAUUGUUUCAAGGAAGAGAUACCAAACUGGAAGAGGUUUUCUGUCUCUACAUUGUGAAUGUUAGCCACCAUGAGCAACAACACAACCUCCGUUUCCAUCGUUCCCAUCAGUCCCUGGGAAAGACUCCAGCUUCAUCCCUCCAUCGUGGUCUUUUGUGUGCUGCUAGUGGUUGUGGGGAUUCCAGGGAACAGUCUCAUCCUCUACAUCUACACCAAGAGGAUAAAAAUCAACAUUUUUGGCUUCUUCGUAAAAAUUCUAGCUGCACUGGAUCUUAUCAACUCAAUAGGAAUAAUUCCUGCCUUCUGUGUAUCAAAAAUCAUCCGGAGUGUUAACGCGUCCCUGAUGUGCAAGUACUUAACCUGGUUCCAUUACUUCAACACCACGAUAACAGGCACUCUGUACGUUGUCAUCGCUGUUCAGAGAUUCAGGAAAAUAUGCCGCCCACAUGGUCCCCAGUUUACAGAGAUCCUGGCAAAGAAGUUGACAUUUGGCUGUAUCAUCUUCUGUGUCCUGACUGGACUUCCUAUCGUGCUGAUUCUGACGAACAAUAAAUUCCUGGUGGGGUGGGAGACACUCAACCAAACUGGAUUUGUUGAAGUUCCAAUUUGUGAUUUUUCUAAGACAAGCAAAGAACUGAAACUUUCAAUAGCAUUUUCGGCCUGGAUGUUUCUGUUGCUUGUAACUGUUAUGACGUCACUUAUCGUGUUGUAUUCAUUGAUUGCCCGCCAUCUAAGGUUACAUGCCAUGAAACAGAGUUCUCCAAACCGUGUACCUACAUCGAACAUCACGUCAAUAUUUUUCAGUUUGACUGUUAUAUAUUUAAUCAGUGUUGUUCCAAGAUUAAUCCAGGCUAUCUAUUUUAGCCAGACACCCAAAUUGCCACACCUUGUGGUUUCACAGCUUCAAAUAGUUGACGUGGUGAUUCAAUUGCCUUACAUUAACUGCUUGGUCAAUCCUAUCAUUUACGGCUGGUCGUCCAGACAGUUUCGGCGUGAGACAUUUUCUGUUUUGUGUGGUGGUGACCCUGACGAGGCCUCAGCUACAUCCCCACAAACUACUCGCAACAACACUGAUAGUACCGAUGUCGUAUCGAUGACUGGCCGCGCCUAUAAUGUAUCUCCCUUAGGAUCAGACCUCUUUCAUAGCAAGGUGUAGAGAUGAGGUGAGUGUGGAGAUGGGGUGGGUGUAUAGAUGAGGUGGCUGUGUUGAUGGGGUUGGUGUAGAGAUGGGGUUGGUGUAUAGAUGGGUUUGGUGCAUA